UAUACUAAGCUGAUUAUUUUCAGACAUUUUUACCACUGUUACGACAAGCAGCUGGUCAACAAUCGUCAGAACCAAUGUCAUGUAGUAAAGCUGCUAUCAUCAAUAUAUCAACUGGUGUAGCUUCUAUCACUGAAAAUUCAUCAGGUGGAAUAUACCCAUACAGAGCGUCAAAGGCUGCCCUGAAUAUGAUCACAUCAAACCUUAGCCUGGAUCUGAAAUCUGAUGGUAUUUUAUGUACAGCCAUACAUCCGGGCUGGGUGAAGACUGAUUUAGGAGGACCAAACGCUCUUAUUUCUACAGAAGAAUCUGUUAAAGGAAUGAUGCCUGUCCUAGAAAAACUCCGAGGGGAUGCAGAAUCUGGAAAAUUUUAUCAUGGUGUCAAAGGACAUGUAAUUUUCCGUGGAUGA